AUGGACUAUUCAAGGAGAGCUGCCGCCGCAGGCUUGAAGCCAGAGGUUUUCGGACAGUUCGCAGGAGCGGCGACUGGCGGCAAACAUGGUCUUGUCCGGAGAGAAAGAACAGGCCGGUAUGUCGAACAUGGUGAGGGCAGAACUCCGUCUCCAACGCUGCCGAGCCACCCCGAGAGCUUCCCCAUCAACGCCCUCGUGCCCAUCAAGGGCACGCCCCUCGGUGACCGCGAACCUGUCAAGUUUCACCGCCGUGCUGAGGACCAUCUCUACCGCCCGCAUCCUCAUGCCCGCUACCAUCAUUCGCAUCGUGGCCGCAGGACCAUGUCUGAGGAGCAGCAGGCCAUGUGCUUCAUGGCUGGCGCCAAGGCCGUCUUUCAAUCAUGGCAUCUCGACCGUGACCUCACGAGUGAUGAGCCGAAUUUUCCUAUUCGGGCCAUGUUCGCGCUUGAGGUGGCUUGCAUUGUCAUUGGAAUACGGACGGGCGAGGCGACACUCUGGGCGUCAGUCUGUCUCUUUCAGCGGUGUGCUUACUGUUACUGCUUCUUCUUUGGCACACCUCUCCGCACCAAGUCGAUCCGUUCUAUUGGCAAGGCUGCAUGGGCAGCAGCAGACGCAGCAGCAUGUGGGUUGCGGAUUAGGCCCCUUCCCCUCCGGCGACCAGUCUCGUAUGCCCCCGUCUAUCUACUGGUGCAUCAGGCACCCGCUCCCGCUGGAUGA